AUGGAUUUGUCAGCUGAUGAUGAUGUCGAUAAAGAUAGUGACGAAUAUUUCACGCCACAAACAGAAGUUAGUUGUAAAAAGUCAAGUAGCAAGAACGAAGUGACUUUUGUGGAUAACGUGAGUUCAAUAUUGGAUCCAACAUUUGAACAGUUCAGUCAUCCACUGUUGAAACAUGCAGCGGAAUAUGGUGCUCGUAAAGUUGAUGCUUUCAUGGAAUUUUUACUUGAAAAAUUGCAACGACAGUGGAUUACGCUGUUUUACAUGUUAAUUCCUUUACAUCAAAUUCAAACGCUUAUUUUAAUUUGUUUUGUCCAGUUAAUCAGUUUUGACACUAUUAUGAAUAUAUUACCGAUAGUUACUUGUUAUAUGGCCUUUGGUACAAUGAUGUUUAAUACAUUGAGAAUGUUCAAGGACUUGAAGUUAUUAAGGCAGCGAGAAAUUUGGUUGAGGAUUUUGAAAAUAUUUAGUAAUGAUUUAUCUAACCUGAAUGAUAGCGCUAAUAGUCGAUUUUCAACGAUCUCGUGGGAACCAUACAUUAAUUUUUUCAUAUCGUUAUCACUUUUUGUUUUGUCAAUGGGGAUGGCUGAUAAAACUUUGCCGAAUAGCAUUUUAUUUUUUGGUGUUGCUAUUUUGUUUGCCAUUCUUUGUUUUGUUUCACUGGCUGAUUCUUCUGACAUUUUCACGAUAAUUGCGGUAGUCGCCAAUUUCGUUUCUUGCCUUCCUAUUAUAUUAAAGAAGAUGGAUUUGUCUAUGGGUUAUUCGAUUCUAUGGAAACCUUUGAUGGAAUAUCGAUUUUAUGCAUUUCAUUUUUCUGUGGGUCUACCUUCAUUGGCUCUUCUUAUUAUUCCUCUUUCUUAUAUUGUAUUGACAAGAAAUAAGAAGCUUCCAGACGUGCUACAUAUUAUCAUUCCUCAUAUUGUGAGUUUAUUUAAUUCGUUGUUCGUUUGUUUGGCUUGGGCCGAUAUCGGUUUAACAUUCUGGUUGAUGUAUUAUCGCCAUUUUUAUCUGUCCGGUGUGUUGAUAACUAUGGCUUUAACGUUUCUCUUUAUAUCGCCAUCGUUAAUCGGUAUUAUCGUCGUUGCUAGUGUUCCUUUAGUACAGUUGAUUUACUCUAUUAAAAUGAGUUUCAAGUGGAUUAAAAAAAAAAUAUUUGAGUCUUAUUUAGGAACUGCAGUGGAUUGGAAAGGAUCUGUUCAAUCUAUUCGUGUCGUGAGGAUAGAUAAUUCUUUCGAAACACUUUUAGAUUAUUUGCCUGAAGUCAUAAAUCAAGCCAUUCGUUGCUUCUAUGAUCUCGAGAUAUCAAACACCCAACAUGUUACUUCUUUAAGCGAUCAAUGUAGUCUUAUUGCAUAUAAUGUCUACAGUUUUGAAAUUGAAAUUUCUGGGCCAUUUGGAGAACACCAUUUUAGUAGCAACAAAGGUCUUCUUAUACUCGCGGCCCCCAAUAUCUUCGCCGAAAUGUUGAAAAUGGUCGAUGAAGGUAUGGUUAUUCUUUGUAGUUGA